AUGAGCUGGAAUAACCCUCCUCCAGGUGUAAAUCCUCAAUAUUCCUCAUUUUACUACAAUUCUCAGUCAUUUGCUCCGCCAUCACAGCCACAGGUUCCUCAGCCCACUGACCAUAAGCGAGGUGUGCCAGGCGGAGGAUGGGAUGAUGGAACUGAAGAGCUCCAUAUCAGAAGAUCGAGAAAUCCUGCACCGAUUCCUAAUCAAACUGAACGACCUCCUGUAGUCCAAGAAACUGUUAUUCAACAUAUAGAAAAGCCAGUCCAUCAAAAUACUACCAUUGCUGUCAGCUUACAGCCAGGUCCUUAUGAACGAAAACUGGUUGACGACAUCACGAUCCCGGGCGGAGCAAGACCUCGGCCUUCUGAUAAAGAUUUACAUGAUUUCAGUCAAAAAUGCAUGUUUUUGUCACAUGAAAUGAUAGGGAAUUUACUUUUACAAACUUUACAACACCCUCAAAGAUCGCUUAAAGCUUUAUAUGUGCUUGAUACAUUGGCUAGUGAUUACCCAACUUAUAAAGAUUUCGUAGUGCAAAACCUCUCUGCGAUACAGGCUGCGAAUUAUUCUCAAGCUCAUCAAAAAGCUCUUCAAUCGUUAUUAAGCAAACUUAAUUCUUCUAUAAAUACAACGGCUCCAUCGUUUAGUAACAUUAUUGAAUUUUAA